CUCAACAAACUUCUUAGUGAAACGUGGGAAAAGCAUUGAUUGGUAUAAGUAGCCUACGGCACUCGUUUUACCAGGAAAACUCGGCGAGAAACAUUGUUACAUUGAUGCUGGCGGUUUCGUUAUGAAGCUCGCGGCUGCUCGAACAAAUUUAAACGAAUUCGACAAAACUUGGGUGCUCCCGCAGGAUUAUGAUACUGAAAAUGACCCAGAUGAGAUCAUUAAUUCAAUUGAGAAAUUGAACAACUGGAAAGAUGAGAAAACAGCGUUUUUAAUUCAGUAUGAUUGGUUUGAAGCGCUAAAAGAUUAUCUUUCCGAAAAUGCCACUCGGCCCGGUUCCAUAGAUCAACGGCCAUUAGUUUCAGAUGACAAUACCUUGUUGUCUGGUUUGGAAGAGAUGAUUGACUAUUCAAUUGUGUCACCAAAGUUAUGGGCUUCUCUUGUUUCAGAGUUUGGACUUAUAGGACCAGCUCUGGAAAGAAAUGUGCUUUCCAUUGGAUCUCCAUCACAGAGGGAACCCUUUCUGGAUGUUUAUCCACCGCAUUUCCAAUUAACCAUUCUUUUGAAUGAAGACACUCAGUCCGCCAGUAUGUAUUCAGCUUUUCCUAUACGUGAUGGUACCUUAGAAGCGCAAAUGUUUAGAUUUUCCGAGGCCUCUACUGUUCAGGAAAUGGAGGAAACGGUUUCUGAUCUACUGAAACUGGAACGAGGAAAAUUUCGUCUUUGGUAUGCAAAUCAGAACUAUCCCAUUCCGCCAACUAUCAGCCUCGAUGAGUUUCUGAAGCUAGGAUUCAUGACUUUACUCUCUGAUGACAUGAAUUCCAUGUCUCUCUAUGAACUGAAUAUCGAUAGGGGUCUAUUAGUGGUUGAAUUGCUCUGUGCAGAUGGUAUUUGGCCCACGAACUUGGUUUUACCAAAGCAAACUACGAGUGAAGGCCUAGUAGGAAUUGGUGGACUGUAUAAUUUGGGAAAUACUUGCUACAUGAAUUCAGCCAUCCAGUGUAUGUUUCACACAAGGGAGCUGACUGGUUAUUUCAUUACGAAUGAGUAUGAGAAGGAUGUGAAUUAUACGAAUCCUUUAGGCAUGAAUGGGAAAGUUGCACUGUCUUAUGCAUCAUUAGUCAAGCAAAUGAAUCAACAAAAACCAGGUAGUGCUAUUGCGCCCAGCUCGUUUAAACGUAUCAUUGGCGAAUUCAACACGUCUUUCUUAGGGUUUUCUCAACAAGAUUCGCAAGAGUUUAUCGCCUUCUUUUUGGAUGGAUUGCACGAAGAUUUAAACCGAGUUCGAAAGAAGCCUUACGUGGAGCGACCAGAUCUGUUUGAAGAUAAUCAACAAAAGGUCGAACAGGUUGCCAACCAAUGCUGGGAGGCCUACAAAAAACGAAAUGACUCUAUAGUUGUUAGUCUCUUCCAAGGAAUGUACAAGAGCACCCUAAAAUGCCAACAAUGCCAACAAAUCUCUAUUGUUUUUGAUCCGUUCAUGUACCUUACACUACCUUUACCGUGUGAAAAACGUUGGAAAAAGUGCUUAACAUUUAUGCCCGAUACACCUAAUCAAAAGCCCGUCGCUCUGACUCUUGAGCUGGACAUGGACGCUUCAAUUAGCGAUAUGAAGAAUGAGGUAAUCACAAAGCUAUCUGAAAUGUCUAUAUAUGUCGAUACUUUACUCAGUUGUGACAUAUACUGGGGCAAAGUCCACCGAAUUCACUAUGAUCACCAAAAAAUCCGAAAGGCAAUCUCAAAAUCAGACAACAUUGUGUUAUACGGUCAGAAAUGUUGUGGAGACAUUGUUUACGCACCUGUUAUAAGUGCUUCAGCACGCGAUGAUAUUUGCGGUGCAUACCAGUAUCGUGAUGCAUUUGGUAUGCCACUUCAAAUUCAAUUGCCUAUAGGUUGGGUCAAACAAGAAACAAUUCGUGAAUCUAUCAUCUCUGCUUACUAUGCGACAACGGGUGUUGGAGUUGGCAACAAUGAUUUUUCGAUAUUGGCUUAUCAAAGUCUAAAGAGCAACAACGCUUGGGAAAAAACGGCGGAAACAGAAGUGCAGAAACUCACUGUGCUUGAUGAAGAGCUUGUUCAUGUCGAUGCUGGCACCGUGUUCGUUGCUGAGUGGGAUGAAGCAUUAAAGGAUAAGUGUUUUGCUCGGGGAAAAAUGUGGAUUUAUGGACAACAGCAACCAUCAACAACGGAGACAGUAACACUAAAUGACUGCAUGCGCGAAUUCUCAAAGCCUGAAAAACUUUCGGCUAAAGAUGCGUGGUACUGUCCCAACUGCAAAGACUUUCGACCAGCAACGAAGACCAUGGAAAUUUGGAAACUUCCUAAAAUACUAGUCAUUCAUUUAAAUAGAUUUUCUUGUCGAAAGUCUUGGAGACGGGGAAAAAGAAACGAUCUUGUAACAUUUCCAAUUGAGGGUUUGAAACUCUCCGAAGGGUCUCAGAACGAAUGGUCAACAGGGACUAAGGACUCUUUCAGACCAGAAACUUGCACAAAAAAAUACAAUCUUUACGCUGUGGAUAAUCAUUACGGUUACAUGAGCAGCGGUCAUUAUACUGCUUUUGCAAAAGACUUCGUUUCUAAAAAGUUUUAUCAUUUCGAUGAUGCAUCGCAACAGCUGAUCACAGAAGACGAUCUUGUAUCCCCGGCUGCAUAUGUUUUGUUUUAUGAGCUUACGGAAUAGGUUUGCAGACUUUGGUAAGGCUAUGUGUUUCUUCGGUUUCGUAAUUUUGGUUUUCUUUUACAUUUUCGCAGUUGAAACUCCACCCGCUUAGAGAGCAAACUGCAGGGGUUCUGGUUCAACUUAUGCAUAGAGUCGCUAUAUUGAGUAACAAGAAAAGAAAGGAAAUGGGUAAUUAAGACAUGAGAUUAUCGUAGGCGGGGGAGCUAGUGCUAUGAAAAUUACAAGAGACGUGGGUGAGCCAGAAAUAUACAGUUGGAACAUGUUUCUUAGAAACCCAAU